AUGCCAUCUACGCCGGAAGCCAUCCUUGCGCAGCUCCAGGCUGCCGGCUCUGCUUAUGCCGAGAAGAAGCCCGGUGCACGAGAACAGCUUCUAAAUCUCGGCUAUGCAUUGGUUUCCAGCGUUGAGCUUCCUAGUGAAGCUAUCCAGCGCAUGGGCUGGGCUGAGCCUGCUCGAGCUGCGCACUGCCGCAUUGCUGUUGAACUCGGGAUAUUUGAGCUGCUUAAAGAUAGCAACCAGAGCGCCAAGGAAGUGGCCGCAAAGACUGGGGCAGAUGAACCGAGAGCGAUGCAGAAAUACGCCGCAACACGUCUAAGCAACGCCUUAACUGAACCUAGAUACCGCGACGGUGUUAUCUACGUGCACGAUGUAGCAGGCCCAUCGUUCCGUGGACUGCCCGAAUACUUAAAGAGCAUCAAGUAUGCGCUUCCUACAAAGUUGAACGAUGGACUGUUCCAGGCUGCCCAUAAGACAGAGCUUCCUUUCUUCGCUUGGCUGCACCAGAACCCUCCCUACCUCCAAAUAUUCAGUAGCUACAUUGUUGCCUACCGCGCUGGAAAGCCUUCUUGGGUCGACCCGGGAUUCUACCCCGUAUCCGAACGUCUUACCGAAGGGUUCAACGAUCAGUCGGGCGACGGUGGUGUCUUCCUUGUCGACGUUGGUGGUGGCAGGGGACACGAUCUACUGGAGCUCAAGGACAAGCAUCCCUCCCUGCCUGGUAAGCUUAUCUUACAGGACCAGCCCGACGUUAUUUCGACGGUGGUCGGGCAAGACGUGUCCGAAGCUACCGCCCAUGACUUCUUCACACCUCAGCCGGUAAAAGACGCCCGCGCACACUAUCUCCGCUCCGUUUUCCACGAUUGGGACGAGGACUACUGUGUCAAGAUUCUCCAGCAACUGCGACCAGCGCUCAAGCCAGGUUAUUCUAGGCUGCUAAUUAACGAGAUCAUUGUCCCCGAUCGAAACGCCGCUUGGCCGGCCACGUCAAUGGAUCAGUUAGUAUUCGUGCUGGGCGCCAUGAGAGAGCGAACCCAGGCUGACUGGGAAAACAUGCUACGGCGCGCGGGGUUUAAGAUCGUGCAUGUGUACAGUUACGAUAUGGUCGCCGAGAGUCUUAUUGAGGCGGAAAUAGCCUAG